AUGUUGUCAGUAGCAACGUCACGGUCGGCAAAGCUCAGGGCACAUCAAGUGGCUGACUUCUCGCUGAUUCCUACCAAGCACCUCAACUUGCCGACCGACUUUUACGCCGACCCCAAGCGCCUGAGGCAGCUCGCGAUGUUUUCCCGUCCCGACCACAUCUUGCCUAGUUAUGGCGAUCCCAAUGUGGGCUGA